AUGAUUCUUGAAGACAAUGCUGCUGUCUACGAAUCGCCCAAGAAGAAGUCAAUGAAAAAAUUAACGUGCCGCAAAUGCGAAGGCCAUGGCAUCAACUCGAUCCUUAAAGGCCACGCCGCUUCAUGUCCGUUCAACAAUUGCACAUGCGACACGUGCUCAUCAGUGAUGAAUAUGCGCGCCAACGCCCUAAUUCGCCGAUUUCGUCAUCGUCAACCGAACCAGAACUCGGCGGUCCUCAAGACGAUUCGCUCGAAAAACGGCAACAUGCGUUUGCGCAUCGUUCCGAAAUCCACCGACGACGUCGACGGCACAAUGGUCACUUAUGACAAUCGAUCACACUCAAUUCUUCCGCCGUCUGGAAGAACAUCGUCAACCUCGUUCAGCUCGCCAUCUCCACCAUCGACAGUGUCGUCGAGUUCGGAGCUCGAGCAGGUUCCCAUCGAGAACACCAACGAUCUACUCAUUCAACUUCUAAACAACUAUCUCCUCCAGCAGCUUCUCAACAAUUGCGACCACAACGCUCGUAAUCCGCCGCUUCUCGCGAACCCUCUUCUCAAUUUCCCACUGACAACUCUACUCCCAACCGCGACAUUCCCAAUUUUUCCGCCCGCCUAA